AUGGCCCAAGAAGAGAAAUGGGAGCCCUUCGCUCAUGUUGUGGACGACGACGACGACGACGACGAGGUCUUCUUCCGCGGGCAGCUCCUCCCCCUCCGCCCCUCCCUCAGCUCCUCCUCCUCCUCCUGCUGCUCCUCCUCCGAGAGCGCCCUCUUCCGGUCCGGUUCGCUCUCCGACUCGCUCGACCGGUCCGCCUCCUCGACCGGCCUCAGCAGCCGCAGCAGCAGCGGCUGCGUCAGCCGCAGCCCCUCCUCCAACGGCGGCGCGGACGCGGCGGCGGGGGCGGGGGCGGGGGCGGGGGCGCGGCUCUCCGCGUCGGCCAACUACUUGCUGUUCGCGCUCCCGAGCCCCUCCCCGCAGAUCCGCAGGAAAGGCGGCGCCGGCGGAGCGCCGCCGCGCCGGAGCACGAGCUCGCACGGGCCCGGGCUGUUCCGCCUCGGCGUCGCGCGCGCCCCGGACCUCAUUGAGCUCCGCGACCUCCGCAUGCGCUCGCGCUCGCACGCCGACGCCGCCGCCGCCGCCGCCGCCGCGCGUGACGGGAAAAAAUCACUCGGUAGCAGCAGCAAUGGCAACAGCAACAUUAACAACAAUAACAACAGUAAUAGUAUUGGUGGUAGCUUCAGGUUGUUGUUUCCGGGCAAUGGAGGCGGACGCGGCAACGAGCAAAAGGCGGCGGGGAGGAGGUCGACGAGGGCGGCGUCGUUCAUGGGACGUGGGUUCGGGUGCAGCUGCGCGCCCGAUGCGGUCGAGCCGGUGAGCUCGCCGCUCGCGGCGUCUUCACGCAAGAAGGCGGCGGCAGCGGUGGUGUCAUCCCCACCGAUGAAGAAAGACGAGGAGGAGGAGGAGGAGCAAGAGAGAAGGGGGUUGAAGAGAGGUGAGAGCAUGUGUAGGAGGAGGAUCCUGGAGUGGAUGGAGGAGCUCUCCAUUGGAAAGGUGGUGGUCCGUUAGUGUGCCGUCGGACUUUUGUUAUUAUCUGCAGCAGUCGUGGAUUGCUCAGUUGAUCUGUAUUUUGAGACUGUUUCUUCUAAGACGAUGGUUUUAAUGUACUGGACUUCUUAAAAUUAUGUUGCUACUGCGUGAAUCUCCAACGUUUUAAAGAAUUUUUGAUUCGCUGGGCGUGUCGAUAAUCAAAGUGGCUGUACUUGGAGGAUGUAAUCUUAAAUCAACCCUCAAAUUCGAAACACGAAGUAAGUUGUAGUUUGAUGACUCGGAAAGAUAAGGAAUUCUAAGUCGCCAUAGAAUUGAGGACAAACUAAUUGGAGAGUCCACGUACGACUAAUGUGGUAGACCAAUUCAGAUCAUAAUUUAGAGAGAGAGAGAGUGGUAAAAAGGGUGGAGUGUUUGAAGAUGGUAAUUUUGGUUUGAAUUAAUGUUUUUUUUUUGGUACUAAAACUAAAAAAACAUCAAUCAAUUUGUAAAUGUUGUUCUAC